AUGAAAUUUCAACUAAGAACAAAAAACGUGGAAUCUAAAACACUUUGCUGGAAACAACAACGUGAGUCAAACAAGAUAACCCACUCUAUUUGCAAGUCAUACCUGCCCUAUACAUAUCUAUAUAUACCGCCAGAAGUAAAGAUGCAAUCAUUAAAUGCACAACCACAUAUGAUGUUUAUGGGAGACCGUUCUUUUCCAGGCGCUGGUGAUCAGCAACAGGUUCAACAACAACCGGGACAAGGACAAGCUCAGGGACUUCCACAAAUGUUUUCUUCUCAACUGAAUAACCAACCUCAUUUAGCCUCACAACAACAACAGCAACAACAACAGCAGCAUCAAACACAGUCUGGUAUGACUCUACAAGAAUUACAAAAAAAGCAAGAUAAUUUGAUGAAUACCUAUAUGGCAAAACAAAAAUUGGAUGCAUUACUGAGUCAACAAUCUCAUAGUCAAGGUCAAGCCCAACCAUCCCAAAUAUUUAACAAUAACACAAAUGCAAACAUGUUGGCCAAUUCACUGACGACUUCAGCUCCACCAGGAUUGAAUGUCUUCCAACCUCAACAACAACAACCUCAGCAACAACAGCAGGGACAACAACAGCAGCAGCCUGGUAUGAUGAGACCUAUAGCAUCUCAGCUGUUAAAGCAACAGCAGCACCACCAGCAACAGCAACAACAACAACCGCAAACACAACAACAACUACCCCCACUAAUGUUGCCGCCACCAAACCAUCUUUUUAUUCGUGAAGUUUGGUCUAAUAACUUACAUAGUGAAUUCGUUAUGAUCAGAAAAUUAAUUAAACAAUACAAUUACGUAUCAAUCAGUACCGAGUUUGUUGGAACCAUGGCAAGACCUAUUGGUAAUUUCCGUUCAAAGACAGAUUAUCAUUAUCAAACAAUGAGAUCCAAUGUUGAUCUUUUAAAUCCAAUUCAAUUAGGUAUUUCAUUGAGUGAUUCUCAAGGGAAUAAACCUGAUAAUGGUCCCUCUACAUGGCAAUUCAAUUUCCAAUUUAAUAUUUCUAAUGAAAUGAUGUCUAAUGAAUCUAUUGAACUGUUAAGAAAGUCAGGUAUAAAUUUUGAAAAUCAUGAGAAAAAUGGGGUGGAAUUAAUGGAGUUUGCUCAAUUAAUUAUUGAUUCUGGUCUCUUACUGGAUUCUAACGUUACAUGGAUUACUUAUCAUACAGCCUACGACCUAGGAUUUUUGAUUAAUAUUUUAAUGAAUGAUUCAAUGCCAAAUAAUAAAGAAGAUUUUGAAUGGUGGGUCAAUAAAUAUAUGCCAAACGUUUAUGAUCUAAAUUUGAUCCAUAAGAUAAUUAAAGAUUUUACUCAACAACCUCCGGGAUUACCUGGCUUAUUGAAUCCUAAUGACAACUCCAAUAAUACUAAUAAUCUUUCCGGUAAUGCUGGAUUGAAUGCGUUGGGUGUACCACCACCUCCACCUCCUCCACCAGGCGUCAAUAUCACCGACUCUACGGCUAAUAAUAAUAAUAAUAAUAAUAAUAAUAAUAAUCCAUCCCAGCAUCAUCAGUAUACUUUAACAUCUUUAGCCGAUGAGUUAGGUAUUCCAAGAUUCCCAGUGUUUACGACAACAGCUGGACAAAGUUUAUUAAUGCUAUUAUCUUUUUGUCAUUUAAGCAAAUUAUCGAUGCAUAGAUUCCCCGACGGUACUGAUUUUGUCAAAUAUAAAAAUGUUAUUUAUGGUAUCAAUGGUAUGAUCGAUAAUUGA